UUUGAGGCUAGCUGACGUUUCGUUCUUUCACUGCAAACAUUUUCCUUUCUGGAGCUCAUUGAAAGUUUAUAAAUUUCAAUACCUGAAAAAAUCAAGUUUUUCGUGUAAUCAAGUAAAGUAAAAUCAAUAUGAAACCGCUGAUGUUGCAAGGGCACGAACGUGCCAUCACGCAGAUAAAAUACAAUCGGGAAGGAGACCUGAUCUUCUCGACGGCUAAAGAUCAUAAACCCUCAGUCUGGUUCUCGCUGAACGGAGAACGUCUGGGAACCUAUAAUGGUCAUUCGGGUGCUGUGUGGUGUGUAGAUGUGGAUUGGACUACGACAAGGCUGAUGACUGGUGGUGGUGACAUGACCACAAAGUUGUGGGAUGUUGAAACGGGAAACACUCUUGGAACAAUCGUUUGUAAUUCAGUUGUCCGUACAACAAACUUUAGCUACUCAGGCAAUCAAGCAUCAUACUCUACGGAUAAAACAAUGGGUAACAAUUGCGAACUAUUCAUUAUUGACGUGAGGAAUGUAGAUGCCAGUAUAAGCAGUCAAAGUCCAGUGCUAAGGUUGACCAUGCAGCAGCAAUCGAAGAUCACCUCAAUGUUGUGGGGUGCUUUGGAUGAGACCGUAAUUACCGGUCACGAGAAUGGCUCAAUCAGAAUUUGGGAUCUGCGUGCUGGCAAAGAAUUAGUAUCUAUAAACGAUCAUACGAAUGUCAUCAACGACAUGCAAAUGUCAAACGAUGGAACAAUGUUUGUGUCAGCUUCCAAGGACAACACAGCAAAAUUGUUCGAUUCUGAAUCACUGGCUUGCUUGAAAACAUAUAAAACGGAACGACCGGUUAAUUCCGCUGCAAUUAGUCCGAUCAACGAGCAUGUUGUGCUAGGCGGUGGCCAAGAAGCGAUGGAGGUGACAACCACCUCGACAAAAUCUGGUAAAUUUGAUUCACGGUUCUUCCAUUUGGUGUACGAGGAAGAGUUUGCUCGUGUCAAGGGUCACUUUGGUCCGAUCAACAGUUUGGCCUUCCACCCGGAUGGCAAGAGUUAUUCGACGGGAGGAGAGGAUGGUUUUGUGCGCGUUCAAGUUUUCGAUGCUUCAUACUAUGAAUUUGUGUUUGAGUAGAAACGAUUGGGUAUUUGUGAUUUGCGACAACUAGGGCAAACUUGAGAUAAGCUAAACGUAAUAAGUUUAACAGUGCUACAGUUGAAGCUAUUGCGAGACAUGUCGGAGAACGAACGUUUACUACUUUACAUGAAUAAAACCAUAUUCCUGAAGUUCA